AUGAGUGGUGGUGCUAAUAACGAGGAUGACGUGAAUACAAAGAUCUUCCAUUCCAUCGCUGAGGUGUUUCAGAAGGGUCAAUCUGCGUACGCUGGUCACCGGAAGCAUGUGGCGGUUUUAAAGAAGAUUCAAUCAAAGGCUGUGUCACAAGGUUACGAGUCGGCAUUUAACUAUUGGUUCAGUACUCUGGUAACAAAGAUCUUGCCAUUGAAGAAGACUGAGGUAAUCGGAGAUCGCAUAGUGAAGCUUAUAGCAGCAUUUGUCGCUUCGUUGGAUCGUGAAGUGCACAUUGCUCGAAACAAGCAGCAGGAAGAAGUGUUUUCUCGAUUCGUGGAUCAGUUUGUCAGGCAUAUACUCAGGGGGAUAGAAAGCAAGGAUAAAAACGUCCGAUACAGAGUAGUUCAACUGCUGGCGGUUAUAAUGGACAAUAUCGGUGAACUGGACGAAUCGCUUUACAACUUGCUGACGUGGUCGCUCGGAAAGAGAGUUUACGAUAAAGAACCAAACGUCAGGAUUCAAGCCGUUUUCUGCUUGACGAAGUUCCAGGACGAAGAGGCUGAGGAGGGAGAAUUGGAUACGGAAGGUGCAACUCAAAUCUUAAUGAAAGUAGUUCAGAACGAUGCCUCUGCGGAGACUCGUCGAGCGGCGAUGCUGAAUCUGGUUAACAACCGCGUUACGCAACCUUAUAUCCUGGAAAGAGCUCGUGAUGUUAAUCUAGUGAACCGCCGGCUGGUUUACAGUAAGAUUCUGCGAGCGAUGGGGAAGAACUGCUUUGAUCAAGUGGACAGUAGGAUCAUUGAUCAAUUGAUUCUGUGGGGGCUUGAAGAUAGGGAAGAAAGCGUGCGAAAAGCAUGUUCUAGGCUAAUAUCUCAUGAUUGGCUCAAUCUUAUGGAAGGCGAUCUCAUUGCAUUUUUGGAGAGGUUGAAUGUGACGGAAUCGUCCGUCGCUGAGAAAGCGAUGGAGUGCUUAUUCGAGAAUCGACCUGACAUCAUAACCAAGGUCAAAUUUCCGGAAGAUAUAUGGAAGGAAUUCACAGUGGAAAUUGCUUUCCUACUGAAAAGCUUUUACCUAUAUUGCGCUGACAAAAACCUGCUCGAAGUCAUAGAAACCAACUUCCCUGAAGCCGCAAGUUUCGCAGACAUUCUGCAUUAUUAUAUCGAGCAGAGAUUCGCGAAAGAUGCAGAGCCCGUUUUGAAGACGGAUCACCGCAGCCUAGAUUUUAUCAUUGAGCAGUUACUUACAACGGCAAAUCGAUACGACUUUGGAGACGAAGUCGGGAGGAGAUCGAUGUUGACGGUGAUCAGAAAUAUGUUGGGGAUCUUCGACUUGAGCGAAAAUGUCAUCAAGGCCGGAUUGCAAGUGUUGAAGACUUUAUCGAUUAAUGAAAAUGACUUCGUCACAAUGGCCAUUGAGAUAAUUAACGAUCUAAGAGAUGAUGACAUUGAAAGACAAGAGCAAGAAGAAAGAGGACGCGCACUGGCAAAUGCCGCUAGCAAAGGUGAUAGCGAUGACGAUGAUAACGAUGAUGCUGCUCUCGAGUCUUUCCAUAGAAACGUUGAGGAAAUGGUAGGCGGUCAGACUGCGCCGUCCGAGGGAGAUGCUAUGAAGAACCUGACCUCUGAGAAGGAGCUGGAGCCCAAAACGGUUGUGGCAUGUCUGACAAGAUCAUCCCACAUGUUGGAACUGGUGAACAUGCCGCUAGAGCAAAAUAUCCUGAUAACCUCUUUGAUUGAUACAUUAAUCACGCCGGCUGUGAGAAAUACCGAAUCCCAAAUAAGAGAACUUGGAGUUAAGAACCUUGGAUUAUGUUGCCUGUUGGACGUCCAACUUGCCACCAGCAAUAUGUUCAUAUUGGGCAUGUGUGUCUCCAAGGGCAAUGCGUCCCUGAAGAAAAUUGCUUUGAAGGUUAUUGUCGAUAUAUUUUCCGUUCAUGGAUCUGAUGUUGUAGAUGGGGAAGGGAAGGUUGAUUCAAUAUCACUUCAUAAAAUUUUCUACAAAGUGCUGAAGAACGAUGAUUUGCCCGACUGUCAAGUCGUUGCAGCCGAAGGACUGUGCAAGUUGUUCUUAGCCGAUGUGUUUACCGAUGACGAUCUUUUCGAAACGCUGGUUUUAUCCUACUUUUCUCCAGCUAACACCACUAACGAAGCCUUGAUUCAAGCGUUUGCCUUUUGCAUUCCAGUGUACUGCUUCUCUCAUUCUUCCCAUCAAAAGCGCAUGGCCAGGAUCGCUGCUGAUGUUUUAUUGAGACUAUGCAUGCUUUGGGAUGAUUUACAGUCCUCAGAAGAUCUCAAGGCUGACCCUGAGUCAAUGAUGAAGCCGAAUGCUAUAUUUCAGCAGCUGCUCCAUUGGACUGAUCCUAGAAAACUAGUUCACCAAUCCGAAAACGAUGCCAGAAGCGAUAGUGUACAACUGGAGUUUGUGCUGGACGUGACAAAAAUAUUGUCAAGGAUAGAUAAAAAAGAGAUCAAAAAAAUGCUGGUAACCAACAUCAACGCUGCCUACAUUACUUCAUACCAGGACUUUGAUAAAUUAAAGCUGAUCGCAGAGCAUGUCGAGGAUGUAAUGGAAAAUGAGACCUUGGAUUCUGUGAGCACAAAUUCGCUAGAGAAAUUCAAGAAAACACUAACAUGUGUUCUAGACGAAGCCUAUGAGAGACGCUUAAGUAAGUCAACGGGACAUUGCUCGGAUCUCGGUGAUGAAGAACAAGAUACUUCAGGAGGCAACUUAACAGGUCAAGACCGGGCAUCUGCCGUUGAACAACUAUCCGUCGAUCAUUCCGGCAGUACUGACGCAGUUCAAGAACCGGAUAGCUCUUCCGAAGUGAGCCGUAAGCGGGGCAGAUCUGAACUUGAGAAUAUUGUGCCUUCCUCAGAACAAAACACUGAUAGCAGUGGAAAAACAGUGGAUCGUCAGGAAAAUCAAAGUUUGGCGCAACCUGCGGAAUUUGAAAGCUCAAGCGAUCAAAUGUCCAUCGAUUCUUACGAUGUUUCGCUCAUGACUGAAGAAGUCUAA